CCCAACAGGUGUUGGGGGGACCCUGAUGUGGCACCAAAUGAAAUGAACAAAGCUCCACAGCCCACAGGCCCCCCGCCCGCCCCAUCCCCUGGACUCCCACAGCCAGCGUUUCCCCCGGGGCAGACAGCACCGGUGGUAUUCAGCUCGCCACAAGCGACACAAAUGAACACGCCUUCUCAGCCCCGCCAGGGAGGAUUCAGGUCUCUGCAGCACUUCUACACUAGCCGGGCCCAGCCCCCGAGCAGUGCAGCCUCACGAGUGCAGAGUGCAGCCCCCGCCCGCCCGGGCCCAGCUGCCCAUGUCUACCCUGCUGGAUCCCAAGUGAUGAUGAUCCCUUCCCAGCUCUCCUACCCAACCUCCCAGGGGGCCUACUACAUCCCUGGGCAGGGCCGUUCUACCUAUGUUGUCCCCACCCAGCAGUACCCCGUGCAGGCCGGAGCCCCUGGCUUCUUUGCAGGUGCAAAUCCUACAGAGUUUGGGACCUAUGCUGGAGCCUACUACCCUGCCCAAGGCGUGCAGCAGUUUCCUACUGGUGUGGGACCAGCCCAAGUUUUAAUGAACCAGCCACCUCCAAUUGCUCCCAAGAGGGAACGAAAGACGAUCCGAAUUCGAGAUCCAAAUCAAGGAGGAAAAGAUAUCACAGAGGAGAUUAUGUCUGGGGCCCGUACCUCCUCCACACCCACCCCUCCUCAGGCUGGAGGUGGUCUGGAGCCACAAGCUAAUGGAGAGACACAUCAGGUUGCUGUCAUUGUCCGGCCAGAUGACCGGUCACAGGGAGCGAUUAUUGGGGGUCGACCGGGGCUACCUGGCCCAGAGCACAGCCCUUCAGAAUCUCAGCCUUCAUCACCUUCUCCGACCCCAUCACCACCUCCAAUCUUGGAACCAGGGUCUGAGCCUAAUCUUUCUAAAGGCCUUUCUAUUCCUGGGGACACUAUGACAACAGGGAUGAUACAGAUGUCUGUAAAAGAGUCAACCCCCAUGCCCCGUGAAACUGGGGAGCCAUAUUGCCUCUCACCAGAACCCACUGCCCUCUCUGAACCCAUAUUGGAGGUAGAAGUGACACUUAGCAAGCCAGUUCCAGAAUCUGAGUUCCCUUCCAGUCCUCUCCAGGUUCCUCCUACUCUUACAUCUCUCCAUGAAUAUAAUGGUGUACUUCCACCUGAGCAUCUGGAACCAGAGUUGGAGCCUAACAUGGAGCUUGCACCUCUAUCUCCUCUGGCUUGCCCUUCUGAACCUUCCAUGCCCAUUGCUCCAACUGCCCAACCCGAGGAACUACUUAAUGGAGCCCCUUCACCACCAGCUGUGGACUUAAGCCCCAUCAGUGAGCCAAAGGAGCAGGCCCAGGAGGCUACAGCACCAGCAGCUCCCCCCACGGUGCUCCCUGCCACUCCAGCUACAGUACCUCCAGCUACUUCCCCUGCUCAGGAGGAGGAAAUGGAGGAGGAGGAGGAAGAAGAAGAAGGAGACGCUGAGGGUGAGAAGGGAGAGGAACUACCUUCCCAAGAGAGCACCCCUGCCCCAGCCCUUCUGUCCCAGAAUUUGGAGGCGGCAGCAGUCACCCAAGUGGCGGUGUCUGUGCCAAAGAAGAGACGGAAAAUUAGGGAGCUAAAUAAGAAAGAGACUGUGGGAGAUCUUCUGGAUGCUUUCAAGGAGGUGAACCCAGGAGUACCAGAGGUGGAAAGUGAACCCCCUGUAGUCAACAAUCCAGGCCCAGAGACUGAGAGCGGCAGUGUGGCGCCACGGUCUGAGGAAGCAGAUGAGACUUGGGACGCAAAGGAAGACAAAAUUCAUAAUGCUGAGAAUAUCCAGCCUGCAGAGCAGAAGUAUGAGUAUAAGUCAGAUCAGUGGAAGCCUCUCAAUCUCGAGGAGAAAAAGCGCUAUGACCGAGAGUUCUUGCUUGGCUUUCAGUUCAUCUUUGCCAGUAUGCAGAAGCCAGAGGGCUUGCCCCAUAUCACUGACGUGGUGUUGGAUAAGGCCAAUAAAACACCACUGCGGCCGCUCGAUCCUGCCAGGUUACAGGGCAUAAAUUGCGGUCCAGACUUCACUCCGUCUUUUGCCAACCUUGGCAGACCAGCUCUUAGCAGCAGCCGUGGGCCCCCAAGGGGUGGGCCAGGUGGGGAGAUACCCCGAGGGCCGGCUAACUUGGGACCACGGCGUUCUCAACAGGGUCCCCGAAAGGAACCACGCAAGAUCAUUGCCUCAGUGUUACUGACCGAAGACAUAAAACUGAACAAAGCCGAGAAGGCCUGGAAACCCAGCAGCAAGCGGACAGUGGACGACAAGGACCGAGGAGAAGAGGAUGCGGAUGGAAGCAAAACCCAGGACCUGUUCCGUAGGGUACGAUCCAUCCUCAAUAAGCUGACACCCCAGAUGUUCAAGCAGCUGAUGCAACAAGUGACGCAGCUGGCCAUAGACACUGAGGAACGCCUCAAAGGGGUCAUCGACCUUAUCUUCAAGAAGGCCAUUUCAGAGCCCAACUUCUCUGUGGCCUAUGCCAACAUGUGCCGCUGCCUCAUGGCGCUAAAAGUGCCCACUACAGAAAAGCCAACAGUAACUGUGAACUUCCGAAAACUGUUGUUGAAUCGAUGUCAGAAGGAGUUUGAGAAAGAAAUUCGCUUUAUGCUGCAAGAUGUGCUGGAUCUACGACGGAGCAAUUGGGUACCACGCCGAGGGGACCAGGGUCCCAAGACCAUUGACCAAAUCCACAAGGAAGCUGAGAUGGAAGAACAUCGGGAGCACAUCAAAGUGCAGCAGCUCAUGGCAAAGGGCAGUGACAAGCGACGAGGUGGCCCUCCAGGCCCGCCCAUCAGUCGUGGUCUUCCACUUGUGGACGAUGGUGGCUGGAACACAGUCCCUAUCAGCAAAGGCAGCCGACCCAUUGACACUUCACGUCUCACCAAGAUCACAAAGCCUGGCUCUAUUGAUUCAAACAAUCAGCUUUUUGCACCUGGAGGGCGACUGAGCUGGAGUAGCUUGAGCCGGGAACGAGGAGAGAAAUCUGGGGACCGAGGGGACCGCCUGGAGCGGAGUGAACGAGGAGGUGACCGAGGGGAUCGGCUCGAUCGUGCACGAGCUCCUGCCACCAAGCAGAGCUUCAGCAAGGAAGUGGAGGAGCGUAGUAGAGAACGGUCCACCCAGCCCGAGGGACUGCGCAAGGCAGCCAGCCUCACGGAGGAUCGGGACCGUGGGCGAGAUACUGUAAAGCGAGAAGCUACCUUGCCACCGGUGAGCCCUCCAAAGGCUGCACUCUCUGAGGAGGAGCUGGAGAAGAAAUCGAAGGCCAUCAUUGAAGAGUACCUGCACCUUAAUGACAUGAAGGAAGCAGUACAAUGUGUGCAAGAACUGGCUUCGCCCUCCUUGCUGUUCAUCUUUGUUCGAUACGGCAUCGAGUCCACCCUGGAGCGCAGUGCCAUUGCUCGGGAGCAUAUGGGGCGGCUGCUGCACCAGCUGCUCAGUGCUGGACACCUCUCCACUGCUCAGUACUACCAAGGGUUAUAUGAAAUCUUGGACUUGGCAGAGGACAUGGAAAUUGACAUCCCGCAUGUGUGGCUCUACCUGGCAGAACUGGUAACACCCAUUCUGCAGGAAGGUGGCGUGCCCAUGGGGGAGCUGUUCAGGGAGAUUACAAAGCCUCUGAAACCCUUGGGCAAAGCUGCUUCUCUGUUACUGGAGAUCCUGGGGCUUCUAUGCAAAAGCAUGGGCCCCAAAAAGGUGGGGACGUUGUGGCGAGAGGCUGGGCUCAGCUGGAAGGAAUUUCUCCCUGAAGGUCAGGACGUCAGUGCAUUUGUCACUAAACAGAAGGUGGAGUAUACACUGGGAGAAGAGUCGGAGGCCCCCAGUCAAAUGGCUCUCCCCUCGGGGGAGCUGCACAGGCAGCUGGAGAAACUGCUGAAGGAGGAGAGCAGUAAUGAGCCAGUGUGCGAGUGGAUUGAGGCUAAUCUGAGUGAGCAGCAGGUAGCCUCCAACACAUUAGUUCGAGCCCUCAUGACGACUGUCUGCUAUUCUGCAAUUAUCUUUGAGAAUCCCCUCCGAGUGGAUGUUGAAGUGCUGAAAGCACGAGCGAAACUGCUACAGAAAUACCUGUGUGAUGAGCAGAAGGAGCUCCAGGCGCUCUACGCCCUCCAGGCCCUCAUUGUAACCUUAGAACAGCCUGCCAACCUGCUUCGGACGUUCUUUGAUGCGCUGUACGAUGAGGACGUGGUUAAAGAGGAUGCCUUCUACAGCUGGGAGAGCAGCAAGGACCCCGCUGAACAGCAGGGCAAGGGUGUGGCCCUAAAAUCUGUCACAGCCUUUUUCAAGUGGCUUCGUGAGGCUGAGGAAGAGUCCGACCACAACUGA